AUGUGCACCAACAUAGUCUAUGAGUGGCUGAAGACCCUGCAGCUUUCCCAGUACGCGGAGUCCUUCGUAGAUAAUGGCUAUGAUGACCUGGAGGUUUGCAAGCAAAUAGGGGACCCGGACCUGGAUGCCAUUGGGGUGUUAGUGCCCCACCACAGGCGCCGAAUUCUUGAAGCAGUGAUGAGGUUGAAAGAGGAGGAUGAGACCGCUGCUGGUCUCUAUUUCACCUUGGAGCCUCAGCAGCAGCAGGGCUCGCCCUCUCCCUCCCCAGAGAUCUACACUAGCCACCUGGUGGAGCAGUAUGAGGCUAAGGCUUGGAGGGAGCCUAGCCCUCGCCAUCGUCAGGGGAACCAGGGGACCCCCAGGAGCCAGAAACUUGGACCCCGCAGCAGGGAGCUGAUGAUUUACCCAAAACUGAAACUGAAAAUCAUGAUUAGGGAUAAACUCAUCCGGGAUGGGAUCAACCUGAGCAAGCCCCCUUACUCCAACAAGGUGAAGUAUGUAUCUGCACAUCAGUAG